AUGGCAACUGACGUAACUAGACCUCCACUGGACAGCACAAGCAGCACUGUAAAUCUCAUAAAGAUGGACAAGACCCCCGUGCCCACCAUGGACGGGGAUUACCCCGCCACAGCCUACCCGGUAGAUGCUAAACACACCACAGACUACCCAGGGGAUAAAAAUAUAUUUGAUGACGUCUUUCCUGAGGACAUCAAUUUGGCGUUUGGAUGGCGGAGUUUCAGGCCUCCUUGGCUCCAGUGGCUUAACGAUCCGAAGUGCUUUCUGUUUUUUCUCUGUCUCUUCGCCUUUCUUCAAGGAAUGGCGGUAAACACAUUUAUCAACAUGAGUUUUCCUUCCCUGGAGAGACAAUUCUCGCUGAAUUCGAAAGAAACAGGAUUCAUCGCAUCGUCCAAUGACGUCACAGCUAUCAUCUUAGUCAUUUUCGUCAGCUUCUUUGGUAGCUAUGGCAACAAGACAAAGUGGUUGGGAGGCGGGGCUAUCUUGACGGGUCUAGGAGCCUUAGUGUUUGCACUUCCGAAGUUUCUUGCACCAAUACACGACCCAACAAAAGCUAAACUGGGCGGUACACCAUUCUGUCUGCGUAACACGUCUUUAUCAGCCUACAAAGAUCCAGACUGCGGGAGUGCCACGGAGAACGCGCCGAUCCUGUACUAUGCACUCUUCAUAAUCUCACAACUGAUGUCCGGGGCCGGGACCACGCCCCUUCACACGCUAGGCCCCGCCUACCUGGACGAAAAUCUGCCUUCCGAUUCGCUCUCCGUGUACCUGGUGAUAUUAUACAUGGCGACGUUUAUGGGGCCUGGGGUCGGGUCUCUCAUUGGUGGACAACUUUUGACAGUUUUCGUCGAGAUAACGAUGUAUGUCUAA